AUGUUUGGUGGGGGUGACGACAAUGUGCAGCUAAAGGAAUACAAGAAGUCCAUCCUACCUAAGCAUGCUGGUCUGAACAUUAUUGAUAUUAGGAACUCUGAGCAUGAUCCAGAGAUACAAGCUCGCGGUGGGGGAGAUUGUGUGCCAUUUGACGACGAGAGGCUGGAUCAGGAAGUCGCGUACAUGGCUGGGGAGUUAAAAGCACGGAGGGUGUUCCAUAAAGCUGAGCGGGAUGGUGGUGAGAUGUGUGUGGACCUUUAUAUCCAUGGCAGUUACAAAAAGAAAAAGAGAAUGGUAAUUGAGAGGGGCGAUUGUGAAGAAGGUAAAAGGGAAGGCCCUUCCAUGAAACAGCGCCGUGUCAGUCAGUAUUUCGAGCGGACGGAAUGUGGGGGAUAUAGUGUAAUCUCUGGGCUGGUAACCCAAGUUGAAGAAUUGAAAAAGGAGGUGGCAUAUUUGAAGAAGACGGUUAAGAAGCUUGUUGCACGGGAAAAGAGAAGGAGUGGCAGCGGUGUGAAAUAUUCUGGUAGGAGACGUGAGUUGGUUAGGAAAAAUGCAAGAGACUCCAAAAAGAAGAAGGGAGUGGAUGGUGAUGGUUUGGGAGAUAGCGGUAGGCAGUAUGAGAGAGGGUGUACGCUAGUUUCUGACCACGACGUGGCUGAUGGUGAUGGGAUAGCGGGGAUUGCAGGUAGGGGAGAUGAGACGGGUGUUCAGAACAGUGGUGAUCCUGAAGGACCUGCUGCGAAACAUGUAUGGCUGUGUACAAUGAUAUGGCUGUGUACAAUGAUAUUAAACUUUGACAAUGAUAUGGUAUGUUUUAACGUAAAUCGUUGGAGGAACAGGUUAGGCAACUGGUUGUACACCGUUAUGGUGUCCACAUGGAUAGAUAUGCUCCCCAUGUGUUGGGAGUACAAGAUGUAA